AAGAAAAGCAAGACAGACUGACUCAACGUUGGUGAUAAUCAGCGAUACCCAUGGUGACGCCAAAGGAAUAGGUAAUUAUAUCUGCUCUUCUAUAUUGGCCCCUUCUUCAUGGCCACGUCCUCCGGCUACAGCUCUUUUCCUGUCAAGGUUUCCUUGCAACUCUUUUGUUUUUAACAUGAAAGAUUCAGAGUGCUUGAAACCGACGUGAGUAGAGCCCACAAGCCAGAAGCUGUUGGGAACAACACACGCAAGCCUGCACCACGUCGCAUCAUCGUGGCAAGAUCGUGCAACACCAGAAACACACGAUUCUAUGCAUCUAUCAAACAAAGAAGAUUGUGAAAUUCAAGUUAACACAAGAUGCAGUUAAAGCAAUGAUGGGAUAGAGGUGUUGGAUCGAGGAUUGCAAAGUCAAGUGCAAUCUGUCAAAAUGAGGUUUUCGUCCUUGUUUGGAUCCAGUGUUGUUGUGGAGUGAAGCGAAAAACGUAAACAAAAAUCUACCCCCACUAUGUCACGUGCAGAGCGGGCAGCCGCUGAGAUCGACCCUUCCUUCUUCACCGACGGCAAGAGUCGAAAGCUCUUCAUACGGGGGUAAAGGUAUCGAGGACUGCGGAAAGAAUGACGAGUGAUUUCGCUUCAUGGCCGGUAUCCAACAUCAGGGCACCUUUUGGACAAGGACCGAGAUCCUCUGGGGAUUGGAGUACACGUGAUGCUCCAAUAUCAGUGCCGUCACGUGUGGAUCCAUGGAGCCCGAAGAUUACAGAUCAGAAUCUCUGGAAUCUAUGUUUUGGAUGGCGAGAGAAUGAGGGAAAAAGGGCGAAACCACAAAGGCUAGGAAACCUUCGAGUCCUGCGUGAGGUGGACUGUGAGUGUUGUCGAACUUCAACAGAGACGGAAAGGCUGACGAACAACUUCCAGUGGGUUUGGAUGAAACAUUCGAUGAUUUCUUUCGCAACUUCGGCAGUAUGAAAAGCGAUCUUUUAGUUGGGUGGGCGUUCAAGAUCCAAAGGCUGGAUGUCUUGCUUAUGCCCAAUGAUCAGGUUCCUGGAUACCAACUCGGCAAGGCAAACUCCUGACCAGGAAGACUGCUUGAAUCGGAUGCUCAAUUUUGUUUCCUUGAAACAGGAAUCUUGCUAUUAUAGCAGUAUGACGAGGAGAGAUGGAGAGUCUGUUCUCGAGAUUUGCUACAACGCUCGGGAGCGGCUAUCAUUCGACAUUGUUGGCGAUUUGUCAAGUCCGUCCCCAACGGAUGCCAUUUUGGACAGAAACCCGAUGCCAAUAGGAUUUCGAUAUAGCUUUCGGCGAGAGAAAGCAAUUUACAUCUUCCGAAACUCAUCACAGACUACUGAACAUGCCAUACGAGGAUUCUGCGAACUCAUUCAGCAACGCGAAGAAACGGUGCAUCCAUUUGCACUUCACCUGGUGAUUUUACAAGACUCGAUAGGUCCCCGAGAGGAAAUCAUGACAUUCGACCUGAAAAGCCUUCUUCUAAUCGAGGAUUCGCUCCUCAAAGGCUCGCUAAUGGCCAUGCAAUCUCUGGACGAAUUCCGCCAGCAAACCCAAGAACUGCACGAGUUGUCGCGAUCGAUGAUAAUCAUAGAGCAUUACAACGACCGAGACAUAUCGAAUCUGCGUAACUUGUUGAGGGAUAUGGAGAGGUUAGCAAAAGAGGGGAACAGGCUCGGAGGAGAAUACGAGGUAGAUUUCGACAGUCAUGAAAGGAUGAACGAUGGCUUGCUUUGCUUGUUGGAUUUCUGUAUUGAUCGUGCGAGAAGAUUAAGCAAUCGGAAACAGAGAGUGCAGAAUCUGAUCGGGUUGGUAGGUUUUCUCAGUUUCUCCAGUAUGAGGACCAGCACGUAG